CUCUCUAUCUCCCACCCUCACUCUCUAUCUCUCACCCUCACUCUCUAUCUCUCUCUCUAACUCGCCCUCGCUCUCUCGAUCUCCCACCCUCGCUCUCACCACCAUGGCCCUAAACUCCUCCUGGGAGUCGCCACCCUUCGGGCUCAACGGCAGCGCGGGCAACGCGACGGGCGGCCACGGCGCGAUCCUCGACGAGGCCGUCAACGCCGUCACCACGGCGGUCCUCGUGGUCACCAUGGUGUCGCUGGGCUGCACCAUGGAGCUCGAGCACAUCGGCGCACACCUCAGGAAGCCCCGGGGCAUUUUCAUCGCCGUGCUGGCGCAGUUCGGCAUCAUGCCGCUCACCGCCUUCGCCUUGGCCAAGGUCUUCCGCCUGAAUCCCGUGGAGGCCGUCACCGUCCUCAUCUGCGGCUGCUGUCCCGGAGGGAACCUCUCCAACGUGUUCGCGCUGGCGCUCGACGGAGACAUGAACCUCAGCAUCCUCAUGACCACGUGCUCCACCGUGCUGGCGCUGGGCAUGAUGCCGCUGCUGCUGUGGGCGUACAGCCACGGCCUGUCGGACACGCGCUUCGUCAUUCCCUACGCGAAGAUCUCCAUCGCCCUGGCUCUCAUCCUCUUGCCCUGCACCGUGGGAAUCUUCAUCAACGCCAAGUUCCCCAAGUACUCGCGCGUGAUCCUGCGGGGCGGGAUGCUGCUCCUGCUGCUCAUCUCCGUCGCGUUGGUGGUCCUGUCGGCGCUGUACGUGGGCUCCGCCAUCUGGCGCGUGUUCUCUCCCACGCUCAUCUCCAUAGGGCUGCUCAUGCCCCUGCUCGGAUACACGCUGGGCUUCGUCCUCGCGGGGCUCUUCCGCCUCUCAUACAAGUGCAGACGCACGGUGUCCAUGGAGACCGGCUGCCAGAACCUGCAGCUGUGCACCGCGGUCCUCAAACUGACCUUCGACCCGCAAGUGAUCGGCCCGCUCUACCUCUUCCCUCUGCUCUACAUCUUCUUCCAGGUGGUGACGGCGCUACUCUUUGUGCUGGUCUACCGCUUCUACGUCCACUGCUACCACAAGCAGAGACAGCCCCAGACCGAGAGCGUCAACGCGAUUUACACGGGCAAGGCGGAGGUCGAGGACAUGGACGUGGAGUCGACGGCCAGGGAGGGAGCGCCCGCCGGGCACAACUCUGAGACGGUGUCGUGGAAGAGGAAGCUGUCGUGGUGGAAAGUCAAGAAGCGGGAGGAAAGAUGAUGUGGGCGGGGAAGUAAAAAGAACCCAACGUAACCCAAUGAUAAUGAUGAUGGAUUUACAGACCAAACUAAACAAUAACUCCACAACAGGAAAAUUCCUCGGCCUGCCACGUAACAUGUAAAUGCGUUUGGCAUUUGCGCGGUGGAAUCUACAAACGUGGGGGGUGCGUGUUUGUUCACUAGUUUCAAUAGUACAUUUCAUUCCACGCUAUGGGAUUGUGGCCAGUGCUUAACUUUAUCCAGAACAGUCAAGAACGCCGCGCGCCGAUGUGUCUGUCGCUCCUCAAUUUGUUAUUUAUGAGCUCAUUCGUUCACGCCGGGUUUAACACUCAGGCUUCCGCGACCGACAUUACCAUUUGUUGAUGUUCGGUGCCAGAUCGCGCGAGUCAAAUGUGUGUCGUGAACCCUUCUCCACCCGACGCAGCCAAUUCGCAAAGUUGCCACGUGAAGAAACGCGCCUGGUUUGUUACCGCUUCAGCAGCACCACCACCGGUGUGUUGUUGGAGAGCAAUCUCACGGCAUUCCACGUUUUAGUACAGAAUUAUAGGGUGCAACAUAGCGGGUACAAUAAUCUCAUUUUUUUAUGGAUAGGUAUAGCUUGCACUCUAGUGGUAGUGCCUUACACUAUUCCAAGCCGGUCUGGCAGUGUUCCAAAAGAUAUCGAGUGAGAGAUUAAGCCUAGGUUAUGGCGCAUGUGUCUGACUUUCUCGAUCAUUUGGUCACAAUCUGCAUGAUAGUACGGUAUCUAGAAUCGAUUUUGUUCCAACUAUGUGGAAUAUAGCAUUGGGCGGUUUCUGUACACGUCCCAAAAAAUACUGUGGAUUUAACCCCCUCCCCGACCCCAACUGUUAUACAUAUUUACUUAUACCCGUUAACUGAACAUCAGCUAAUGUUGGGAACACUCACUGGAAUAAUGUCUAUGGAACAACGAGCUAACUUGGUAGAACUUCACAAUGUCUGAUAAGUGGCUUGAUAACCAGCAGUAGCCAAUGUACCUCAUCAGGUUGCCAACAUUUUGGAACAUUUUGGAACACGGUGACAUGGUACUUAUUCGCUAGUGUCAGUGAUGUUACGCGAACCCUUAUGAAGUUGUGUUAAAUAAUCAGAAUUGCAGUGACGAACUUGCGUGUUCGGGUCUCAUAAUUUUAAUGGCGUGUCUUCGUCAUCCACGAUAUGCAUUUUUAUUUGGAGACAUUUGUUGUUGUUGUUGUGUGUGUGUGGUGUGUAUGCACAUGGGGACCAGUGGCGCAGUGGUUAUCGUAUUGCGCUACGAACCAGGCGACCCGAGUUCGAUUCCCGCUCACAGACAAGAUCUGUGACAAAUAUCUGAACCGGUUCUCGGUUUCCCCUAGGUCGACUUAAUAGCGCACCGAGGAAACAUGUGGCUGGGUGUGGUGCUGACCACCCACGCCCUCGUGUGCCGUGCCUGCCUUAAGAGGCGCUCACUAAGAGUACUCGUCCUGAUGGUCUCUUGCAGGCCAUAUGGGGGUGGUCUCUGUCUUUGUGAUUCAUACUCCGUACUGCAAUCUUGACGACGUAGGUUUCGAUCCCUGGCCAUGCACAGCAUCGGUGACACAUGCAUCGCUAGCUAAUAUGGGUCUCUCCUAGCUCAACUCAGCCUUAACUGAGCACCCUGGUGCUGUGUGUGAACAUCGGCACCGCAGGGAUGAAGGCGGCUGGGUGUUGCGGCGGACAAAGUAUGCCCUGUCUGUGAAUACUGGUCUUAAUACGUGCUAGCAAACAGCAAUCCCUUCUGCAUUCUAUAAGGCUACAUGGCAGGUCUGUGUAUUGUGCGUGCCGUCUGCCACCUGUUGUUUUGGGACUACAUUCCGUACACUUUUGAAAACUUAGCGAAGCAAUUGCAAUGGAGACCGGGUGUGGACAUCCCAGUGUCGUUAACAGAAUAAUAAUUAUUAUUAUUAUUUUAGGAGUUGGAGAUGCUAACUAUUUCACACACGCUCGUGUUUUUUUUUCACACCAACAAUUGUCUUGCAUUCCGAUUGCUCACUCAAGCAAGUGAUUUACCUAUGAGAGAUUCAAUGAGUCUCCAGACUAUGAGGCCUGCUGCAUUGGGAUGUUUGGUCAAUUUCAGUCGUGAAUGUGAAUGGCAUCGGGUCAGAGGGACCUGGAGAGGCAGGAGAAACCCCAUGCAUACGAGGAACUCACAGCACGGGAAUCUCCUGGUCACCUUGCAAGCCCUAUGGCUAUAACGCCUGGCAGGCCCCUAGUAGCUCCCCCAUGCAAGUACUAACCGGGUUCAAACCUGCUUAGCUUUUUGAGAUCCGAUGGGAUUGGUGCAUUGAUUGUGAUUUGAUCUUAGGAUAACUUGCCAAUGUUAAGGCUUAAUAAUAAAAAUGUGUUUGCUUUGCGUAACCAUUGUUUAACUUGUUUCAUAAUCAUAGCAUGUCUUUUUUGAAAAUAUUUUACGUGAAAAAAUAUAUAUUUUUAAAAUACAAUAUAUUUUAACAACCGUGUCUUUUGCAUGCGUAUAUGAAAGAUGUCUCAGCAUUCUGUGCUUUCAUAUUGCAACUUCGUAUGCGUCCACAGUGUUUAUGCCUAGCUCUGCUAUUGAAACGGCGACUGGGCCCAGGUGUGCAUGGAGAGGUGGAUUGUGCCGUGUUCUCGCUCGAACAAAUACUCCCACAAUGCAAUGUACAAGACCAGCAAUAUUGUUGGAAUGUUACUUUUAAUUAUAAACGCGUUUUAGUAGCAAUACUAUUUGAUUAAUUAAAGGUUUGCCUGUUGCUCAUUAACUUAUAUAUUUAGCACCCAUUAAAAUGCCUAUUUAAAAACUCGUCAACAAAACGUAUUUUAAAAUGUAUUUCUCAGCAGGCCCCCAUGGUGUUAAGUACAGUCUCCGACUCGUAUUAGCCACUCAAUUUGACCGGACUUUUUGUGCUCGGAAGAAGGCUCUUGGCUGAAACGUGGUUUAGAAAUGGCGUCUUUUAAAUACACGCAGUGUUAUUUACAAGUGUCUUGAGUUUCGCUGCUGUGCGAUGUCUGACCUGCUCCGUGUGCUGGGAGCUUUUUUUUGCGGUUCCUGAAGAAGCCUCCAGCACUUGGAGGGAAACGUCAGACAUCGUGCUGAACAACGUGCGGAAACAACACAAGAACGGGGCGGAGAGCUGUGAUUUAAUCCGGGAGCUAUUUGGAUGUUUUUGUUUUAAACGGGGAGAUUUCGGAUCAGUGUUCGCUUCAUUUUACGUUCUGGUUGAUUCUAUGUUGGGCAUAUUACGCACGUUACUUUCAAAUUUGUAUGCAUUAUCUACUAAUAUCUUAAGUUGAAAUUGUAUUAAAUGACCAUUUAGGGUCGUGUUUCUUGUUUUGCCGGGUAUACAUUGUAAAUAAGUGAAAACAUUACAUUAAAACUUCAAGCGUUGGAUUUGUGAUAAAAAA